UGCCAAUGCGCGCAGGGAGGCUUGUCGCUCUGCCACGCGUACCGCGUCCGCAAGAUGCGCAACAAGGGCAGGAGCAGGCGGCUCGCGGCGGCGGCCAACUCGGCCGACGCGGCAUCCGCCGAGGCCACCUCUCCCACGUCUCCCGGCGCGGGCGCGGAUGACGACGAGGUGAGGCAGCCGUUCGCGGCGAGCGAUCGGGUGGGGUCCCGCGCGGGGUCCGGGGCGGGCACGGGCCCGUCGGACGCCGACACGACGAGCGGCGACGUUCGUCUGAACAUGUUCGCGUCGUCUGAACAUGUGGGGGGGGAAGGCGACGAGGGGUUCAGGGGCGACGGCGCGACGACGCCGGUGGAGGCGCGCGGGGUGGAGACGCUCGCCGUGCUCGACGAGCAACAGCUGUGGGCGAUGGGUUUGCUCGGGGACGAGCAGAUUGAGACGAAGAACAUGUCGCGCGAGGGGUCGGCGCACAGCGAGAUUGGGUACGAGCCCGCGGCGUGGGUGGAUAGCGAGACCUGCCAGCUGGUGCCGGAGCUCAGGAACGAGCUCCUGGAGCUGAUGCAUCAAAAGCGGGCGAGGUCGACAGAGCCGGAGGACGUGGACGACUACUUGGUGCUCUGAUGGGUCGUGUCACGGUCGUGGGUCACUGAUGACCCGUCAUGAGCUCCCCCUUGGAGCUCGGCCGUGACGC